AUGGCUGCGGAUUGGCUGGGAAGUUUGGUGUCGAUCAACUGUGGAUCAUCAUUGGGAGUCUAUCAGGGAGAGGUCUCAUCAGUGGACCAAUCUUGCCAAACUAUCUCGCUCAGACAACCUUUCCACAAUGGAGUUAAGUGCCCAGUUCCAGAGGUCACAUUCAGUGCCAUGGACAUAAAGGACCUCAAGAUCUUAGAAAUAAGAAAUGGAAAUGCUCAGAGCAGCGCUCCAGUUUCAACUAAUGCGAGUAGUGCACCGGUCUCAGUUCCAAAAAGUGAUCCUAGGACUGCAGAGAUUGUGAACUCGCCGCAACACUGCUCCAGAAGCUACGGCGACCGCCAUCUAGACGUCCCCAAGGGGUUCAGGCGACGACACAACUCCUGGUCAUCAAGCAGUCGAGGUACAAACCAAGCUACCCCCAAAAAGAAUGGGCUGAAAAAUGGUAGUAACCAGAUGAGACAAAGGGACGACGAGUGCUUCGGGGACGGCAUGGACGACGGCCUGGACACGGAUUUUGAUUUUGAAGGAAACUUGGCCCUGUUUGACAAAGCAGCCGUGUUUUCAGAGAUUGACACAUCUGAGCGCCGAAACGGGGUGAGGUCAAGAGGUACGCCUCACGAGCAGACGCCCUCGCGAUACCGCCAUGACGAGAACAUUAUCGAGGGCAAACCUGUAGUGUACAGACAGAUAACCGUACCGCAACCUGGAGCCAAAGAAUACUGCACAGACUCUGGGCUGGUUGUACCCAGUAUAACUUAUGAACUGCACCAGCGUUUACUAUCAGUCGCUGAGCGAUAUGGUCUCACGUUGGAGCGGCGGCUUGAAAUGACCGGUGUGUGUGCAAGUCAGAUGGCGCUCACACUGCUUGGUGGGCCAAACAGAUUCACACCAAAGAAUCUCCACCAGCGUCCUACAGUGGCGUUGCUGUGUGGUCCACAUGUGCAGGGGGCUCAGGGCAUCAGCUGUGGCCGUCACCUGGCCAAUCACGAAGUGGAGGUGGUCCUGUUCCUUCCUAACUUGGGCAAAAUGCUCGACUCUGUUACCAGCGAGCUCACGCUUUUCAUUAAGACUGGCGGGAAGCUCGUGUCAAAUGUCAAAGACUUGCCAGACACACCCGUGGAUCUAAUCAUCAACUGCCUGGACUGCCACAAGAACACCUCCCUGAUGGAUCAGCCUUGGUACCGUGCGGCCGCAGACUGGGCAAACGAGAACCGUGCGCCCGUGCUGAGUUUAGAUCCUCCAGUUUGUGGACAAGCAGUGGAGGCCAAGUGGUCCCUCUGUCUUUGCCUCCCUCUUCCCCUUGCGGAGGGGGCCGGCAGAGUUUACCUGUGCGACAUUGGCGUCCCCCGCCAGGUGUUUAAGGAAGUGGGCAUCAAGUACCUUUCUCCUUUCGGGUGCAAAUUUGUCAUCCCACUGCACUCGGGUUAA